UUCCUAGUGAUCGAAUCUACGAAGCAGAAGCAACGAAACGGUGCGCUUAGAAUCCGCGGAUGCGCUUCGUAAAGGCGCCGUGUACACUUUUGCCUCCCGUGCCAGUAUCAAAUUUCACCAGUUUUCCUGCCCCAGCGAUGUACCGUGGAUCUUAAGAAAGUGCAGUACCAAUCCGUAGAUGAUUGCAUUGUACGGCGAAAACGUCAAAAUCCAGCGCAUGGUUUGUGAAGCGUGCAGUCAUGGUAACUAGAUUCGGGUGGAUCGCGGCCGAAUAGCGUUUGGGCUUUACCCACUGCACUGGGCGGCGCAUGUGAAGAAUGUGUGAGCAAUUUUCUGAAAUAAUUACUUGGUGUAUUGUGCGAAACAAUAAUAACGCAACAGCCGUGCAUGGUGUGGCGUUAUCGUAUGCCGAUUGAAAGCUGCACCGUACCUCCGAGAUACGGCGCCGCAGUGGUGUAUCCGGUAGGGAGAGAGGAUGCGUGUAGUUUUUCCCCAGCGUGCACCGUGCAUGGAAAGUGUGAAAAUGGCAUAAGACACGGGGUGGUGCGUGUGCGUGUGUGUGUGGGGAAAAAAUAACAAAAAGAAAUUAUGUAUGAAAAAAGUUAAGUCAUAACGUUGUGUUUGGCGAUUGGCCGUGGUUGCUAUUGAAAAAGGGUAUAAAAAAGAAUGGUGAAAAAGUGUUCUUAAAAGAAAGUUUACUAAAAUAAAAAAGAUUAAUUGAAAUUCCUGUGGAACAGGCGCACGUGUAAAACGCGAUCGCAACAAGAAUAGAAAAACGAAUACGCGUCAUUGUUCUAGCGUGUGUAUAAAAUAAGAAAACAAAAUCCAAGAAACAUCGAAAAGAUGGCAAAUCCGAGGAAAUUCAGCGAAAAAAUCGCGCUCCACAAUCAAAAGCAGGCGGAGGAGACGGCCGAGUUCGAAAGGAUCAUGAGGGAGGUGUCGGACGUAACGUCGAAGGCGUCCAAGAGUGUCAACCUGUCACCGACCACCGGAUCAUUGGGGACGUUUCGCGGCGGCUCUCUGCCCAACGUCAAUAACGAUAACAAACAGUACCAGAAAAAGACUGACGACGGUUCGAACAUGACCGAGCUGAAGAGUUACACGCAGCCGGAGACGAUUAAGGUGAAAAAAGAAAUCGCCCCCAAAGCCAGCACUCCGAGCCAUACGAGAGAGUCCAGAGGUCGAACACCCGGUGGACCAAUGCGGAAUCGACAAGCGAGUCGAAACCAUGACACGUCACCGUACGGAAACAGUGCGGUGCAUCUGAUACCGCCAACGGAAAGCAACUGGCAUCGGUCAAUCUCGGACUCAGCCAUUCAUCAGAGUCUUUGUCAGAAUCAGCAACAAGAUUCGAACCACUUGACCACACACUCGCCCCUUACCUUAAGCCCGACAGUGCAAAGGAAGAUUUCAAAUGCUCAACACAUGGCGAAAGGACACAGCAGCCACAUGGUCAACAACCUUCACAACCACCAUCAUCCCCACCAUCCGCACAACAGCCACCACGACAACAACGGGUCGUCGACGCAGGACAUAAGGUCGCGCUCGUCGACUGCUCUGCCAAGGUUACCAGGAAUUAACAUUUACCCAACCCAAAACCAUCCGGACAGCAUACAGAUACCCAUCCCGAGCAACACGGGCUCGCUGCCAGACUUAACUUCCGUUGGCUACCCCUCAAUGUAUCCGGCCACGUUAGAUCAGGAGUACGAUCCGAAUGGACAGACCCACAGCUACUGUCCGAGUCCUCUUGGUACAUCACCCUCGUCGCUAUCGCCCACCUCCGCCAUCCAAAACCAUCAUCAGCAUCAUCCGCAUCCGCGGGCCAACAGUUUCAGCGGAGGAAUGAGUGGCGGUGGAGGUGGUGUUGGUGGCGGGAACGGCGUCGGUGGAUACCCCAUCCCUACCAGCCUCUCGAACAGCGGUUCCGUCAGUCCAACGGGUAGCGGCAUCAGCUGUAGCCCCAGUGGGGUCCCUGCAAACGCCAUGGUAAACGCCGUGGUUAAUCACAGCAACAACGGCUCGGGUCUCGCUCUUAACAAUGGGCUUAAGGGCAAGAAAACGAAACCACAAACCAUCUCUAGUCCGCCUUUUUUAUCUGUACCAGAUAGUAAUAGAUAUUCGUUUAUGUCGAAGGUCAACAAUACUUAUGACACUAGCCAGCAACAACAGUCACCACAACAGCAGCACCAGCAGUCUCCACAACAGCAACAGGUAGUCCCACAGCAGCAGCAGCAGCAGCAACAGCAGCAGCAACAACAGCAACGAAUAUCGAAUCUAGAGCAGAUCAGCUACGACAACUUCACGCAGAUCAACGACGGGUUGGGAUCAUCGAACCAAAAUUCACCGGAAAGCAUACUGUAUGGAUCUCACGGAAAUAUGUCCCCGCAACUAAUGUCGGACUAUCGUACUCGGCCCAGUCCCGGUUCCAGUCCGGGUUUGGCACUGGUGAACAAUCCCGACUCGAAUUCGAGUGCACCCUGCAGUCCAGUGUCCCACAGUGUUGGCAGCAACAACGGACAAACUUACGAGAAAUAUCCGACGAAUGACGUCUUCGUGCAGAACACCUUACCGCAGUAUUUGGAGCACAUAACAUUGGACUGGACUACUCUGGUUCAGAGUCUAGUAGAGUCUGGAUGUACAUUGACCGCGCAAGUGCAGGGUGACAAUGAUUAUACCACGAAUCAAAUGCUCUUCGGUGGGUUUGACGAAACCUACCUCAUGAACAACGGAAUCGGUAUACGAACCCACCCCGCUCAGGGGAACGGGCAGGGUCAUCAGACGGUAAAUGCGCAAUCCAAUCUAAGCCAGGUCAACUGUCAGAACAUGCAAAACAUGCAGAACACUAGCAUGAACAGCCUGUUUAAUGGAACCAACGAGCCGCUGAUCAGCGUAACGAAUACCCUGAUAGAACCGCCGACACCGACGAUACCGGAAAUCGUGUUUACGGAUUAUUCUACCAGAGACGACUUUGAGGCUGACCUGGGUCUUGGCCAUAUGGAUUUCCAGAGCAUUCAAAUGCUUUCCGACACUAGCACAAUGAUCGAUCCAAUGGACGAGGACAGCUUUCGGCGGGACUUACAGUAGAUCGUGAGCAGAGAAGUAAUGCUGGGUUUUCACCGUACGCCGCUGGUGAAGCAGCUUAGUGGCCCGAAAUAGAUGACUUAAUUAGUUACCUGGAUCAAUGCUAGAGUUGUUUCGAAAGGUGUACCGCUGACAUACAGACACAUACAUGAAAACACACACACACACACACGUACACACACAUACACAUACACAUACACAUACACGAGGACUCAAACAUGUGCGGGUGGAGGGACACAUAUUAGUUUAAACUAACGUAAAUCUGAAAUGUUACUUGAGGCUGAGCGAUAGAUACCGAUGAUGGGUGGUGUAGAGCAUAAGAGGUGGAAGUUUCGAUACAUGUUAAUAGCGGCAUGUGUGGUUAUAAUGAUUGUAAAAAACAAAAGUAGGUCAUAAGAUUGAGUUACUUCUCUCACACUAUUUUACGUUACUUGGCAUAGAUCAAGAACAAGAUUUGUUUUCGUUUCUCUCAACAAAGUUAGACAAAUACUAACCUGUAUAGGCGCCAGCUAUUCCUUCCAGGGUAGGUAUAUUGUUUAUUUCGUCGAUAGCUCGUUGUCCCUGCUAUGUUUUACAUGGAUAAGCUGGCAAGCAUUUGUAUGUUUUCAUCUGUACUGAUAUGGUGCAUUGUUAACCUGGUACGUUUUCCAAUUCAUCAUAAUUAAACGAUUGUUCUGUUUGUAUGAUACUUUGCAAGCUCAAGUUAUGCAAAGUGUGUUUUCCUUAACGUGUUUAUUUGUUUUUGCAUAUUAAAAAAAAACAGAUUUCGUAGAACUAUCGUCUUGAAGCACAAAAAAGAAAAACAAAUCAAAUUGUGAACACUUCGUGGAAUUGUUUAAACUUUCGAUAAAUAUUAUUUAAUUUAAUUCGAAAAAAGCUGUUUCAUUCGGGUUGUUCUAUUUGUUGUUGAUUUCGUUUUGUUUGUUUCUCAUAAACGAACGAUAUUAAGUCAACGUCGUUGUUGUUUCUGUUGUUGGCGCAGUGGUCGGGAAUGAUUCUCAAAACACAACCUAAGAUGGCAAAGAGAUAGAAUUUGCCGGUCAGGGCUUAGAUAUAGGUGAUACUGUCUCGGUCGUGAACAGGGAAACGAAAAGCGAGGUUUUACAAAAGAUGAAAGGAAAAUGAGCGAUAACAUCAGUUUGUGGGUAGAUUGUGAGGAAAGUGGGUUAAGCUGCAGGGUCGAUUGUAGAAAGCAAACCCCUCGAAAUAGGGUAAAAUAGGUCUCGUAGACUAAGAGUGGUUUGCACGUACACCUUACACCCCCAGGAGUUUACAGUUGCGAUAGCGGGGAACCCAAACUUCUCUGUGUAAUGCUCUGUUUUAAAGCUACUACUGGUAGAAAUGACAACAUUGUGCUAUUUACCCGACAUCGGGAAUUUAAGAUAAGCGAGAUUGUAGCUAAGGAUUAAUGCAAGUUUAGUUAGGCAACGAAAAAAGGCGAAUUCACUAGAAUAAAUGGAAUGAAUGAAUGCUAUGUAAAGGAAGAGAUAGGAGCGAGUACAUCUGCAUGCAUCUAUACUAAGGACAGGAAUGAAGUUUCCCUACGGAAGGAACUCAAAUCCCUGUGAGAAAUGAGUUAGAACCGAACCAAGCUGAACCGGUGGCGAAAUACUUAAUUAAUGACACUUUUAUGGACUACAAAGACGGAUACUGGUUAAAAGCCUACAAAAUGGCCAUUUUUUUAUCCAUUCAAUGAUGUAUCUUUGUAACGUUUGAUUUACUCUACGUUGCUUUUUUCUCCUAUUUUUGGAUUCUUGGUUCGUAUAUCUGUCAGAAAUAGGAAUCCAAGCACACACAACGUUUGACAAAAUUCCGGUCGGUUGGUAAAAUUCAUUCUACGGUACUGUGUAUUUUGUCCGAAGCUCCAAAAAGGAGACAGAGCGGGACCGAGUAAAGAUAAACCACGAUGACUGUAUCGACACACAUGAUAAGAUGAUGACGAACGAUACGAAUGAUGUGCGGGGCUUACAUAGGAAUGAACGUUUGCUUGAUUCUGUGAUGAUGUUGGGAUUGUAGAGUUAUAAUAAGUGAAACGAAAGCUGCAUACCAUGUGCAGGUCUUUGCAGCGCAACCGUUGCAUCGAGAAAAGCUAAUCAAUGUUAAAAUAUCGUAACAUAUCAAGUUGUUUGAAUUGUUUGUUACCUUCUACCGAAUUCUGUGUGUAACUCUACUGUCCUUCUCUUGAUCCUACUACACGUAACGGCGUAACCCGUGCAACUAAGUGCGAAAGGCCGGGUAAUGUAAGUGAUUCCCGGCACUAGUUUAAAAAGCGAAAACAAAAAAACUUCAAACAAACAAACGCCUGCUCUCGUGCUCUUACCUUCUUAUCACCUUAAUAAGUGCAAACGAAGAAACCCAGUUGAGAUUCCGCCCCCGUAUGGCACAUAACGUUGAAGUACAAAGAAGCUAAAUGUGUUUUAAUUGAACCGAUCGGACCCGUAAUUGGAUACGAUAGCGCUAGGAGAUGAGAAAGAAGGGAUAAAGAAGUGCGAUAAAAUUAGAAACCAAAUCUGACCAUACAGUGUUAAAUGUACAGCACGGGACAAGCAGUUUCUUUGUUUAUGCUCGUGUUGUUUUCACAUAUUGCGCAGUGCUGGUCGUGUCUGACCUUGGAUUUGUGCAUGUCUUCAAUGUUUUGCUUUAGUUCUUGCUGUCUUUUACAAUCCAACGGACAGUCCUAGCAGUGACGAUAUUCUUAGCGAACGGACCCAGUGUCUGUUGAACAUAAGAACAUACUUGUACAUAGUUGCACGAAAUGAGCUACACUUUGAAACCCCUUUCUCUACGCAAGUUUAUCGCUCAAGUCCUUUUUCCUCUUUCUCUUUUCAACCGCUUAGAGUUGUUCCAUCCAAUCUUCGUCAUAUGCAAAUUACCCACCUUCAUCUGUCCCUUUGCCUACAUUGCUGCUUUUGGUCGAAUGUAUACGGCCAACCAUCUUUAGAACGUGGACCAGAAUCUAGAAGUAAUCGUUUACAAUACAAGUUUUCCGUCACUACGUGACAUCCUCUACGCCAAUUGUUUUUAUAUUUCCACCUAUUAUAGUUCGGACUCGUACAAGAAAUAAAAAGCAAGCAGAUUACAUUUCAAUACAUAAAACAAAUAAGAGCCUUCCAGUUUCAACUAUUUGGAUUUUCCAUCUUACACCACAAACCAACAUGCACAGAUAAAAAUCAACUGUUAAUGCGUCCGCUACAGGUUUAAGAAAUAUGGAAAUUCAGCUAAAAUUAACUAAAACAUUGUGAUUCUUACAACCUACAUAACUUGUUUCCGCGAACAAUGUUUCCUAUAACACAAAACCCAUGGAAAUUUCCUUCGAAAGAUACAAUGGAAGAGAAUGAAAAAAUCGUAAUCAAUUGUGCUGAUACUAUAGACCUGAUAUGGAGUAUAAAGCAAAUGUGAAUUAAAAACAAAACAAAAAACGAGAAUGUUACGAUGAGAAAGAUGGCGGCAAGAAACUUGCAUCAUACGAACCAAUGAUUGUUUCUUGUUGCCCUAGCAUUAUUUAGUUUUGUUUUGUUUUAUCUACCGAAACUGACGCGCAUCCAGUGUACUUUUUGUCUUAUCAAUAGAAAAAAAUGUGUUAACCGAAAAGUGAAUUUUAGCUCUGAGCAUCGUUAAAACAUAAAACAUAAACUCGUUUAUGAACCGUAGGCGUAUAACAGAUAAGAAAAUGGAUGAGUAAAACAGUGUUAGCAGUAAGAAAUUGCUCUUAUUCGACACAAUUAAAAAAACAAAAAUGUCUUAUGUUUUGUGUUUAAUUUACAUUUUGCUCUGUAUAUGUUUUUAAAAUAAAUAACUUAUAUUCUUUUUUUAUUUCUAGCAUAACGUUUUGUGUUUUCAAACCUUCUUUGCAUAGAACAAAACUUUUUCACACAAAAUUACAUGCAUUUGUAGUUUGACUGUGCCAAAAAACAAAACGUAUCCCAUCAUCUUUGACCCGACCAAGAUCUUUGAUCUUGUUAAUUUUCAGUUGCAGUUACUAAUGUCAUUCUUCCCUAAUGAUUUUAUGGGUUUCAACGUACUGAGUCAUUAACGCUCUGCAUUCGUCAUGUAUUAGAGCAUUUUUCAAAAAACUAGCCCGUACGAAAAACUCGCUCGUUAGGAUUAGUGUACAAAGCAUAGCAAGAAAGAAUGGCAAGAACAUUUUCGUAGCUAGUUAACAGUAGAGUCGACGAGGGUCUACCUGAUCUUUCGAGUGCAUCUUAAUAUGCGUCGGUUUUGGAAAAAAACAAGAAAACCAUUGAAAAACUAAAGAACUCUAGAGUCAAAAGGUAGGGUGAUAUACGAUACGAUCGUGAUGCUGUACGAUAGAACACCACAGUUCAGUCGAUAACCGAUUCGCACAAGUCAACCAAAAGAGUAGCUUGGGCCUUAGAGAAAAAAAAAAUGAAAAAAAAAAACAUAAAUAAAAAAAAUGGCAGUCGGUGCAUGCUAUGAUUAAGUGAAAUGAAAAC